GCGCGGUGCGUUGCCGCUUCCCGUCCCCCCGCAGAAGAUGGCGGCGCCCAGCCCGCUGCUGGCCUGGUGCGUCCAGCACCUGCGCGGCGACUUCGGGCUGGACGUGGGCGAGGAGGUCGUGCGCUACAUCUUGUCAAUAACAAACGAGGACGAGAUCCGGGAGUACGUCGUUGACCUCCUCCAGGGGACCGAGGGGAAGAAGGGUCGGUUUGUAGAAGAACUGCUGUCCAGGUGGCGGAAAUCCUCACACUGCCUUCUGAGCCCUUACCAGCGUAUCGGAAAAAAGGAUGAGACUUCAGAAGUGCCUCGGGCUGGAGACCAGGCGAAAAAGGGGAAACGCAAAGGCAGGAACAAACAGGAAACACCUGCGUAUGUGGAGCCAAGCGCACAUGUGGAGGAAGUAAAAACUCCCCUCGACCUGGCCAAGGCACAGGAGAACAGCACUGGAGUCAGCAGCAGCAACAAUUCCUGUAAGAAAAAGGCCAAAUAUGUCAGCCUGUAUACCAAGGAAGGGCAAGACAGGCUGGCUGUCCUGAUCCCUGGCCGUCACGCCUGCGAGUGCCUGGGCCAGAAGCACAAGCUCAUCAACAACUGCUUGGUUUGCGGGCGCAUUGUCUGCGAGCAGGAGGGCUCCGGACCCUGCUUGUUUUGUGGCUCGCUGGUAUGCACUAAAGAAGAGCAGGACAUUCUUCAGCGGGACUCAAACAAGAGCCAGAAGCUGCUGAAGAAGCUCAUGGCAGGUGCUGAAAGUUCAGGGAAUUUGGAUGCCAUAAGCAAAGACUUACUGCCUCGGCAAGAAGCUAGACUCAAAGCAGGCCUGGAGAUGGCUGUGAAACACAAAGACAAGUUGUUGGAAUUUGACAGGACAAGUGUGCGUCGAACCCAGGUCAUUGACGAUGAAUCGGAUUAUUUUGCUACGGACUCCAACCAGUGGCUCUCCAAGCAAGAAAGGGAGGCCCUCCAGAAGAGAGAGCAGGAGCUGCGGGAGCUGCGCCAUGCCUCCCGGCUUGCCAAAAAAAUCACCAUCGACUUUGCUGGUAGACAGAUCCUGGAGGAGGACAGCGGUAUGGCUGAAUACCACAGCAAACUGGAUGAAACCAUUGAAGCCAUUAACUGCGGCACACUGAGCAAGCCAGCCUGGAGCCCAGAAGCAAAGAUGACUCCGAGUUCUGGUGUUUUAGUGAAUCCCCAUCUUCUUCAGCCUGCUCCUUUGUGGGUGGACCAAACUGGUUUGCUCCCACACAGGAAAGCCAUCCGGUCCAUGGAUGCUGGAGAUGAACUUGGCUCGGGGCGGAACAGGUUGCGGAUUCAGGAUCGAGAGUUGCAGGAGAUCUCAGAUGAUGGCUGGUGCCUCAGCAUGCACCAGCCGUGGGCGUCCUUGCUCACAAGAGGAAUCAAAAGGGUGGAGGGCAGGACCUGGUACACAUCUCAUAGAGGGCGGUUAUGGAUUGCAGCUACUGCUAAAAGACCUUCCCCUCAGGAGAUCUCUGAACUGGAGACCACCUACAGAAUGCUGCUCCGGAAAGAUGUGGAAUUUCCAAGCGAUUAUCCCUCGGGGUGCCUCCUAGGCUGUGUGGACAUAACUGAUUGUUUAUCACAAGAGCAAUUUAAUGAGCAGUAUCCGGAUUUGAGCCAGGAGUCUGGGUCUCCAUUUGUCUUUAUCUGCACUAAUCCCCAGGAGAUGGUUGUGAAGUUUCCCAUCAAAGGAAAACCCAAAAUCUGGAAGCUGGAUUCAAAGAUCCAUCAGGGAGCAAAGAAGGGGUUAAUGAAGCAGAAAGCGGUGGUGUGAGCUGCCACGUUCCCACGCGGGCACUGCCACCGGGACCGCCACUCGCGGGUGCUGCCGUGGCCCUCGACUCUGGAAGCAGGUGCUCGCGGGAAGAAGGAUCCGACGUCGCUGUUGGGUAUCGCUCUGUCUGUUGUACUUGAAAAGCAUUAAAAGGAGAACUGUUUUCA